AUGGCUUGCUUCGACCAACGCGUUCUUCAGCUCCUAUGGCCGGCUCUACCACAAUUCGGAAUUGCUGCGCAUGCGUCACGAGUAUGUUCCGAGCGGCGGGAGACCCGCCACGUCACGGUGGUUUGUUUGGAGGAUUCAGAAGAGAACUUUGGGAGGCUUUUCGACUACUGCACUAUCUACAACACAUCUAUGUGUCCGGCUAAACCCAGCAAGGAGCAGGGCCCUCGGGAGCUGCUGGAGGAGCUACUCGCCCUGGUACGCGCACUGGAACCUCCUCCAAAGUUGGGAGGGUGGAUACUGCUGGGCUCCAUUUUGGAGAGCCACCGGGGCGUGGAUGUGCCCCCUUACUUCCGGGGACAGGGGCGGAACGUUGCGCUGGAAACGUUCAUAUUCUUCGAGGUGAGUACUCGGGCUUCUGAACAACUCGCCAUUAUACUUAUACCAGGAGCUGCCUACCAGGAGGCCCACAUCCCCAUGUGCCUUCCUCUUGUAUGGCAGAUCCGCGACGACACGCAGGAAAUCGAGAUCUCCUUCGACCAGCCGCUAACGGCUCAAAUUUUCCCCUCCCUCAAUAGAUGGAGGGGCAUUCCGCGCGGGGGAAGAAUACAAUUCGAUUUUUUCAACGUCAAGACGCAGACGUUCGUCCCCGUCAUCCGUCACCCGCUCGACGUGCCGUUCCGUCUUCCCCUUCCCCUCGAGUUUGUACCCGUAUUCAAAAUCAGCUCCGUCACGACCGCCGCAUUCGCCGAGAAGUACUCGCGCGGCACAAAGCCGCUCAAGCCCAUGUGCUCCAUGAAGGCCAGCUUCAUGGAGCUGAAGUUCAAAUGGCCGCGAGGACUUCCUCAUCCGCGCGAGUACGUCACGACCGCAUGGCGCGUGGGGAUAGAGCCGUGGUACGGCGAGGUAGCGAAGUGCGCACGCUUUGGCGAGCCCGGCUACUCAGUCGCUGCGUUCAUAUCCGAGGAUUGGCCCGCUGCUGAGGAUGGCGGGGUGCCCAAGGGUAGCGCAGGCGGCGACAACGCGCCGGACGAAGACAUCGGCAUCAGGAACCGCGCGGUCCAGGAGAUUGAAAUUUGGGAGGUCACUGCGGACGGCAGAGAGAUUCCAUUCUAUCAAUUUGUGCGCUUCCCCAUUAUUGCGGAGCGCCCGUGCGAACUGGAAGCCAGCUCUCAGCGCCUAAGGGCGAAAGAGACUCUGGGCGUAACGGUACAACAAGUGUCGCAGUUCACGCGACGCUGCAAGCUCGGCCUCAAGAUCGACCAUGUCGCCGUCGUCUGCCUCGAGAGGGAGGGUCUGGGGGUGAUUUUUGAAUAUUGUCUUAUGCACAACGGCUUCGGUUGCGCCGUGGGGAGGUGCCGCGUCCAGGCCGAGCAAGCAAACCUCGAUCGCAUGCGAGAACGCGCUGACCUCCUCCGCGACCCGCCUGUGAAGUUCGGCGGGUGGGUAUUGAUGGGGGCCGUUCCGGAGCUGUACGCACCUGGACCGGAGUCCGCGCAGCUGCGCCAGUUGCUGGAGCAGAGGCCGGGCUCAGGCGUACUAAGGCGCGGGCGUACGGUUCUGGUAGAAACGUUAUUCUUUGUGACGGACGCCGAAGAUCCGGUCCCCAUCCCCCUCAUCGGGGUGAUAGACUCCACGGGGAUGGAGCUCGAGAUCCCCGGGCCCGCCGUGCAGCCUGUGCUAGCGCAGGCGAUUCCGCUUCUCAACCGCUACAAGGGCGUACGAGCGACCCGCAAGCCAUGGCCCGUCUUCGACCUCUACAACCCGGCCUGGCAGACGUUCGUACCUUCGAAAAUGAGCCCUACCUUCCCCGUUCGAUUGCAACUCCCCCUACGCGACAUCCCCGUGUUCAGGGACGCCACGGUCGAGCAAACGGAGCACGUCCUCGACUACGCGAGGGGCCGGCGCGCCAUCGACCCCAUGUGCUCGUUGAAGUACGGCUUCAUCGGGCUGGACUUUAUCUGGCCUGUGGGCCUCCAGGAGCCGCGCACAUACAUGGAAGCCGCGUGGAACGUGUUCCCCUGGCCGUAUCCGUUGGUCACCGUAGCUGUGCGACCACGGCUCGGCGAACCUGGCUGCGUGGUGAAACUGGCGGUGGAGCCAAGGGAGGAGCGUGCGGCUAGCGAGGAGAAGGACGAGGAGGGCGUGGACCUCGGCGUAGACGACGAUUCUGAAGGGGAGGAACGGCUGUGGGAGCUGGAUUCAGACGGCACGACUUGUAGAAGGGUCUCUGCUGUUGAGCGAGCCAUGGAACCUGAUCAGCCGCAGCGCGCGGCGGUGGGCGCUUAUGAUCAUCUUCCGUCCAAACGUCUUGCGUCGACCUUCAGAUCUGUCAAACCAACACCCAUCUCCUUCCAAUCUUCUUGCACCGCUAUGUCUACCGCAUCCCGCAUCGACGACCGGCUCGUCAACAUCAUCGCUCAGACCGGACUACCUACUUUUGAAGACGCUUGCAUGCAUUCCCGAUCUUGCAAGAUAUGUCGGGUGAUCGACCAUGUCACGGUUGUCUGCCUCGAGAGGGAGCGCUUUGGGUGGUUAUUUGACUACUGUCCGAUGUUCGACUUGACUGGGUGCCGCAUGAAGCCCAGCAAAAUCCAGGCGAGCGAGGAAGACCUAGGCUCAAUGAUGGAAUACGCGUACAAGUUGGGUAGCCCUCCCAGGUUUGGCGGGUGGGUUCUUAUGGGCGCGAUCUACGACUUCUACGGCGUCAUGUGUCCGCGGCCUCUGAUAGAUAUGUGGCCGGAGAGUACCGCAUCGGCGCAAGGGAGGACGGCGCUGGUUGAGGCAAUGGUUUACGUUCAGAACGGCUAUACGCCUGUCUCUGUUCCGCUCAUCGGCGAGGUCAACGCGACGGGCUCGGAGAUCGUGAUACCGGGACCGUCUGAGCAACCGAUGCUCGCUCAAAUGUUCCCGAAGCUGAACGCAUUCAAGCCACGGGAGUUCCCAACGUACGCUGAGAUGCUCGAGCCACGAGUAACGACCUUCGACCGUUACAACGCGUCGACGCAGACGUUUGAGCCGUCGCGUCUGCACCAGACGUUUCCGAUCCGCCUCCCCCUCCCCCUGGACAACAUCCUCGUCCUCAAAGAUUCGACGGUGCGGCUUACGCUGUAUUCCCAGAACUACGCCACGGGGGAACAGCCCGUUCAUCCGAUGUGCUCGAUGAAGUAUAACUUCAUCGAGCUGAAUUGGAUCUGGCCUGUAGGCCUGGGGAAGCGUCGCGAGAUCAUGGAGGCUAAAUGGGCCGUGGUGACGAGAGAGGCUCCGAUGGGCAUAGGGGCAGAGCGGGCGCGAGUGGGGGAAGUGGGCUGUGUUGCCUUUACGCCACUCUCAGACAUCUCUCAACUCAACCUCCAUCACGCUAUGUCCACCCCCAUUCCUGUUGACCGAAACCUCAUCGCCAUACUCGGUGAGCAUGGACCUGGAUUCGAGUUAGCCUGUACACGGUCGCAAGACUGCAAGGUGUGCCCCGCCAUUGACCACGUCACUGUGGUGUGCUUGGAGGAACAACACUUUGGCUUGCUCUUCGACUAUUGCUUAUUGUCCGACAUCUCUCGUUGCCCCAUGAAACCCAGUCGCGUCCAGUCGUCCGAAAAGGAGAGAGCUUUCAUGCUCGAGCGCGCGAAGGCACUCAAAGGCGGUCCGAGGUUCGGAGGAUGGGUAUACAUGGGGAUGGUGCGCGAGUUCUGGAAGGAGAGCAACAGGGGAAAGCGUGCUUUGUCCCUGUUCUCCCCAAGCAGCGCGUGGGCGGAGGGGAGAACAGCGCUGGUGGAGGCCCUGAUUUACGUUCAUGAGGAUUAUUUUCCGGUCUCUGUCCCUCUCUUAGGGGAGAUCAACAGUACGAAGUCGGAAGUGACUAUACGAGGGCCGUAUCAUCAACCCCUCCUCUUGCAGCUCCUCCCGGGUCUGAACCCGUUCAAAAGGCCACCGAAAUCAGGCCGCCUUCCCAUCCCCGUCCUCGACCCCUACGAACCGUCUCUGCAAACGUUCAAAGUGUCAAAAACAGAGGAGUCGUUCUGCAUUCGUCUCCCCCUGCCUCUCACCAGCGUCCUGGUGCUGAAGCUCUCCAGCGUUGCGAUGACGCUGUUGGUGAUCAACUUCGCAGCUGGAGCAGAGGACAUGCCGCCGCUGUGCUCGAUGAAGCGCAACUUCAUCGAGCUGGACUGGAUCUGGCCAGUGGGACUUGCAAAACGUCGCGAAUAUCUGGAGGCAGAGUGGAGCGUGGUGCAGAUGCCUGAUCCCAAGGGUCUGGUGGCAGUGCGUCCUGGGCCUGGAGAGGCCGGGUGUCAGCUGCGACGGGUAGGCGAGGGCAAGGAGAAUUGCGAAAUUGAACUAAAGCACCAACUCAGAGCGAAGUCAACGCUCUUCUGGGAGCCUGAGAAGUGGCCGGGCGCUAUGUGUGGCUUGGGCGCUUGGAGACCUCUUCCAACACGCCUCAACACUUCCUCACUGCAAUUCCAUCUCCCUAUGCCUGCCUCGCCUAUCACCGAUGCCCGUCUUUUCAAGAUCAUGGGAAAAUUCAUGGAAUAUGGAUUCGAGAGGGAGUGCAAGUUUGCGGCACCGUGCCCAAUGGCCCCUAACACUUUCCAUGUUACGGUGGUCUGCCUGGAGAAGCAGAACUUUGCGGAGUACUAUGACUACUGUCUUAUGAACCGGUGCCCUAUGCGGCUCAGCGCCAGUCAGAUCAAUCCAGACCGCGUCGCUGACAUGUUGGGCCGCGCCGCAGCACUGCGCAGGCCUCCUGCCAAGUUUGGGGGAUGGGUGUUCAUGGGUGUUGUUCCCGAGUUCUACACUCGCUCCGUUCCUGAUAGACACGUUCGGCAUAUCGUACAGGACGGGUGUGACCCGGUUCCAGUACCCCUUAUUGGGAUUGUUGACCAGAUGGGGAUGGAGUUGGAGAUUCCCGGACCGUAUGAGCAGCCCGUCUUGUCGCAGGCAUUUGAGCUGGUCAACAGGGAGACAGCAUUCGACCUCUACGAACCCAAGAUGCAGACAUUCGUGCCUGACCACAUCAUCAAGGGGUUUCCCAUCCGCCGGCAACUCCCUCUCCAGAGCGUCCCCGUUCUCAGGGAGUCCGAGGUCCAAUUCACCCCAUUCUGCCACUCCUAUGCGAUUGGAGACCAGAAGAGGGCCCCCAUGUGCUCCAUGAUGCACGACUUCACGGGGAUUGAAUGGAUCUGGCCGGUGCGCCUUCCGAAGCCCCGCAAGUACAUCGAGGCGGCCUGGACUCCUGCGGCGACGCCGACAUUGCGGGCAGUGCGGCCGCAAGUUGGAGAGGAUGGAUGCGUGGUCAAAUGGGCAGGAACAGAGACCGUGACAGAGGAGGAUGCUGCCGAUGAUGAAUAG